GGAUCAGGGCGAAUGUACCGCCACAGGAAGAGAGGCGGCUGUGGGCGAGGCUAGACAGCGGGGCUCUCUGAUUGGUUAUCCGGACUGCCUUGUAAUAAAUGUACUACCGGUACUGAAACUGCUGAACGCGUCCAUGCACAACGUCGGCACUCGGCAGUGAAAAUCAGCUUUAGUUACGUUAUCAGAGUCCCACGUGUUUUUAAAACUUUCUUCUGCCUACGAGCAGUCAUGGCGAAGAGACGUGCCGAGGACACUCUGCUCCGGGGCUCUCCCUCCAAGCGAUGUUACCGCUCCGUCAGCGCUGCUGACUUGCCGCUGGAACGCAUGGCUCCCACCGGGGGGGAGAGCCCGCCGUCCCUCCUGGCUCUGAUGGGCGGCAGAAAGAGGCCGCGCCACUUUGAAGAUUCACAGAAUCAAGAAGACGCCCCCCUUUAUCGAGAGCCCGCAAACUGCGACACGAGGAAUGUGUUGCUCCAACAGACGUCUGGAGGUUUCCGGGGCCCUCGCAGCUUCAGCACGCUCACGAGCUCGAAGAAACGACCUCGAGACGACUCCGCGGGUUUAGAGACGGUCAUUCCGAAUGCGAAUGAUAAAGCUGGUGAGGAUAACAACACUGAAGACUGCUCGUACAACUCCUUCCAGUACUGGAAGUUGCCCUUACCAGAACUUAACCUUGCACUCCUCAAAGAUGAGAACCAUUCCAAAAGUAAAGAGGAGCCAAAAGUCAAAGACUUUGCUCCUGAUGCCAUGGAAACCUGAAGAUAACAAGUGCAAGCCAGUCUGCUCUCCUCUGUCCUUACACUAGCAUUCCAACGUGAAGGAGAACAUGUGAUGCAUUUCUGCCAACAGAGACAUUAAAAGCACAUUAAGGUUGCUUGAAAUGAGAAGAAGUGCAACACGCUGAUGUUGCAAACUGCCUUAGUAGCCCCGUCAGUGAUGUAGGCUCCGAGUGAACCUCAUGCAGGUCUGAGAUCUUGAUGAUUUCGGUGAAGCCACACUGAGAUCUGCACGGCAGCGUUCGGUUCUUACUGUGGUGACAUUAUAGAAAACCUGAUGUCUGGUGUAUAAUUGUGACUUUUUUUCUUUUGUGUUAAAUCUCUCCCCUGCAAACCUAGUAUUUCAUAAUGUUUAAACAAUUAGUUCUGAAAGCAGGGUCUGCACAUCACAUUUCAGAUCAUAAUCACUCUGUAAUUGCUGAUGUUUUUUUGUGUAACUGGUUUGGAAAUUGUUGUUUCUAUGUUGGAUGCAUUAGAUAAAACCCUAUUAAAGGCUUUAGUGUAUGCUG